GGCCUGUGGGUCGGAGGUCAGACACCAAGAUGGCGGCGGAGCCACGGAGCUGAAGCGACGGGUCCACCGGGAUCUCUUCUAGACGUGCCGGGAUGGUGGCGCUGCUGUACGGCCUGCUGUGGCGGCUCCUGCUGCUGCUGCUCCGCGUCAGGACAGCGCUGCUCUCGCGGCUCCGCGGCCGCCUGCGGAGCGCCGGGGGCCGGCUGUGGGAGCGGGCUCUGCUGCUGCUGCUGCCCCCGCCGGGGGGGGACGUGUGCGGCCCCGGGACCGGGCGGGAGCGCUGCCUGUGCGACGGCAGGGCUCUGGACAAGCUGCCGACACACGUCGGCCUGAUGGUGGCCGAGGAGGAGCCCAGCUACGCGGACGUGGCCAGCCUGGUGGUGUGGUGCAUGGCGGUCGGCGUGACCUGUGUCAGCGUCUACGACAACCACGGGGUGAUCCAGAAGAACAACUCGCGCCUUCAGGACGAGAUCGCGAGGCAGCAGCAGCUUUUACUGGGCGUGGACGGGUCCAAGUACGACGUGGAGUUACUGAGUAAUAACGGAGACGACCUGCAGCAGUACGUGGUGUCCUGCAGGCCCACGGUGAAGGUCCUGUCUCCAGAGGACGGGAAGUUCAGCAUCGUCCAGGCAGCCAAGCAGCUCUGCCACUCGGUGGAGAACAAGGAGACGAGCUCCAGAGACAUCAGCGUGUCCACGCUGGACAAGCUGCUCCGAGAGUCGAGGAAUAUUCCGGACCCUGAGCUGGUGCUGAAGUUCGGCCCGGUGAACAGCACGCUGGGAUCUCCCUGGCACAUCAGACUCACCGAGUUCAUCUCGCUGCCGUCCCACAGAAACGUGUCCUACGAGGACCUACUGGGCGCGCUGCAGCGCUACGGUGCCUGUCAGCAGCGGCUCGGGCACUGAUGUUCUCCAGAGCCUGGACAGGUGAUGACCCCCCCCUCCCUGCUUAUCACCCACCCCUCCUCCUGGACUUCAUUACUGACAUUCCCGUGCCGGUGGAGGAGGCUCUGCAGACGACGGGCUGGGAGGACUGUACACAGACUCUUACUGACUCUUCUUCACCGGGGUACCAGCUGCUCCCACAGAGCUGGACGCCGGGGCGCCGCCGUCCUGGGACCGUCGUCCUGGACCGUCGUCCUGGGACCGUCGUCCUGGGAGCCCCAGCUGCCGGCCAUGCGGCCGCGGCGUGUGCUGAGCUGUGGACGUGAGACGUGAUCAUCUGUAAAUACGAGAGAUUCAUGUUGUGACGUGGGUUCAGGCCCGUACGGGCCGGUGCCGGGGUUCUGUGGGACGGAAAUAAAGACUGAUAUAUGUGA